AGGCCGGCGGUGGGCGGGACCCGAUGGCGAUUGGCCGGCGGCGGCGGCGGCGGCGAAGCUCCACUUUGACCCUCUUAAAGUGAAUAAAACAUCAUGAGCGACCAGCAGGACAGUAUGGCUGCCACCACCACUAUUAAUUCCAGCGAGUACCUCCAGCCAACAGCUUCGUCAGUGACAGAGGAUUCGCAGCCCUCCCCUCUGGCUCUGCUGGCAGCCACCUGCAGCAAGAUUGGCCCCCCGGCGGCAGAGUCCGGCUCCUCGCCCUCCCCCGUGGCGGUGCAGGUGGUCACCAAGAAGCUGCCGCUCCUGAAGCCGGCUCCAGCACCCAACGGGCAGAACGGCGGCAACCUCAGCUUCAUCACGGCCAACGGGAAGGUCUUCCAGCUCCAGGGGUCGCAGGUUGUCAGCUCGUCCAACUCCGGCCAGUUGUUCCUGGCCGUCCCUAACCAGGCGGCGGUGGGCAAGAGCAUGCGGCCAGGGCUUCAGUACCAGGUGGUGCCGCAGCUCCAGACGCUGGGCGGUCAGCAGCUACAGAUCGCCAAUGUCCAGCAGAACAUGGCGGGUCAGAUCCAGAUCAUCCAAGGCUCCAACCAAGCCUUCGUCACCGCCACCACGCCCAAGUCCUGCUCCCAGACGGUGCAGGUGAAGUCUAGCCCCUCCCCGCUGCGGGUGCAGGCCCAGGGCAACGUGAUCAAGCUGGCGGGGGGCGGAAACAUGGCGCUCUCCAUGCCCGUGAGCAACCUGAUGGGGGCGGGGGACGGAGUGCCGGUGCAGGUGACGAGUGAGGCGCUGUGCGGCGGUGGCUUGGCCAAACCGGGCAAACGGUCGCGGAGGAAAUCGGCCAACCUUCCCCCGGUCGUGGCAGAAACGAUGACUCUGGUGGAGGCGACUUCGGGCAGCGUGUUACAGCCGGGCACCAACAUGGUACUGCUGCAGAGCCCUGGCUCCAAUGUGUUGCAGCAAGUGCAGGUGGUGCAGCAGAGGCAGGAGCAAGCCGUGCAGAACAUCCCGCAGCAGGCCAUCCGCGUGGUGCAAGCGGCUUCCUUGAGCGGCCACACCCUGCCCACCGUCCCCCAGAAAUCCCCACAGACCUUCCAGAUCCAGAGCAGUGAGCAGAGCUCCGGCCCUGUCAUCAUCCGCGCCCAGUCCCUCAACACCCCACACCUGAACUGGCAGGCUGUGCCCGUGAAGACCACCUCCUCGCCCACCUCCAGUCCCCCGGGGGGCAGCACAUUGUCCCGGAUCGCCCCAGUCGGGGGCGGGAAGAGGUCCACCUCGGGCUCCAUGAUCCGCAAAGGGAACGCCUUGCCGAGGAUCGCGCCGGCCGGUGGGGCCAUCAACCUGAACACCGCGCAGUUCACUUCCGGCCAGUCAAUACAGACCAUCAGCAUCAACGGCCUGCAGGUGCCCGGCGUUCCAGUCACGGUCACCAAUGCUGCAGGGCAGCAGCAGCUGAGUGUUCAGGCAGGGGUGGUGUCGCCAGUCUCUGCCAACAACAUCACCAUCACGGGGCUGAGUCCCAGCCAGCUGAGCCAGCUACAGGUGGAGCCCGCCCUGCCAGCAGACGACAUCAGCGGGCAGCAGGGGCAGCAGACCAAGAAGAUGAAGCGAAUGGCCUGCACCUGUCCCAACUGCAAGGACGGCGACAAAAGAAGUGGAGACGUUGGGAAGAAGAAGCACAUUUGCCACAUUCCAGGUUGUGAGAAGGUUUUCCGGAAGACGUCUUUGCUGCGAGCCCACGUCCGUCUGCACACGGGGGAGAGGCCGUUCGUCUGCAGUUGGGUCUUCUGUGGGAAGAGGUUCACUCGCAGCGACGAGCUACAGAGGCACGCCCGCACUCACACAGGUGACAAGCGCUUCGAGUGUGGUCAGUGUCACAAGCGCUUCAUGAGGAGUGACCACCUGACCAAACACUACAAAACGCACUUGAACACAAAGAACUUGGUCUAAAGUCGUGUGGGACACUGGGGAGACUUGGUCUCCAGAACAACAGAAGUCAAAACAUUUUCAUUUACAUUUUCGUUUUUUGCAUUUUAAAGAAAGAAAGAGACAAAAAAACGUUUUGCCGGAGGCCUGGACUCUCCCUCAGCUCCCUGUGCUACCCAAGCAGAGGCACGAUGUUACUGCAGUAACGCGGGUCGGCAGCAGGAGGCGCCGGCCGGUAUGAAGAGCACAAUUGGUUGUGGGUGAGAAUGAGCGCCAAGUACUGGUGCAGUAAGGUCAGAACGCCUCGUCUCAGUCUUGGUCGUUCUGUCCAUUCCUCCCUGUAUAACACAGUCGCAGCUUUGCUGAUAUCUUGUUUUCUAAUGAUAAGAUGCCUUAGAUUUUGUCAGACCCAAUAAUGAGAGCAUUGUACUUCGAUUGAGCAGAGCCUUUCAAAGAGUCACUUUGCUUUUUUUAAAAUAAUUUCACAAAGCAAUUUUUUUUUUUCCCCCAAAUGUGAUUCUGCCCUCAGGAUCAUGAAAUGAUUUUUGAUCGUAUGAUUCAUCUUUGGACGCAUAAACAAGGAAAAAGUAACUAAUUUGUUUUUUAAAGAAGUAUUGAGUUUUUUAAUGAAUUGUGGGAUUGUAGUCCCCGCAAUGUUUAUUAGAGUGAUGACCAUCGUGUUUACAGUCGUUCCAGAGAAACAUCAGUUGUAUUUUUGAGCUCUGAUUGGAAGGAAAUCGGAUUUUAUUUUAGUAUAUGUUUUGGAUGUUAUAAGAUUACUGGUAAUAAAUUUCAAAAUUGGAGAUAAACAGGAUGGGUAGGUAUGGGGGUGAAUGUGAGGCUCUGGGCAAGGCCCCUUCAUCCUAUAUAACGGCGUGGUUCUUCGCUAAUGAGCAGUGAGUGGAGGGUGAACCCUGCUCCAUUCCCCCCAAAUUCUCUAUAUCAUGGGUCAAAUCAAACAGGAUUGUUUCCACUGCUGCUUGGCUGACAAUAGCACAGUCAGCAGCUGCCAGGAAACCUUCUGCAGUGACCACACGGGAGCUCGGACCGAAUGAGUGUGCUGGUCCGGAUGAUCACAAGCCUGGCAAAGUUUCUCGAGUCUGCUUCCUCCACCCUCUCGAAUCCCACCAGCCCCAGAGUUGGUGACUUACAGCUGUCACUAAGUCGCCCAAACUGGUGGUUUGACCACAAGCCUAGGCAGGUGUCGUUCCUGUCCACAUGAGCCAACACGAGUGUGCCAUUGAACGCUGAGCACGAACACUAACCAUGGGCAUGAGGGCCAGGGGGGUGUGGCAGCAGUCAGCUGCCCUGCAAACGCCGCACAACUCCAUUGGAGUUAGUCAAGAUAUGGGGAGACCAAGAUAAAUCUUUGAUCCAUAAUGGCUCAUCAACGAGCAAUUUUUGCAAGGGUAGAAACAAGGUCCAUUUCCAGAAGGUUCCACGAGUAACUGCAGGAAACGUGGAAGUGUCUGUUCAAUUACCGUUCAUGAGAUUUAGGACAUUUGUCCAGUGUGACAAUUUGGGAAAGGUUUGGUCUUUAUCCUGGUGUGAAUCAUCUAGGCUGUUGUAAGGAAGGCAAUCCUAGAAUUGGUUCCUUGGUGGAUCAUGCAUUCUUUCCUGACUGAUGUCAAAUUUUAUUUUUCUUUGAAAAUAAUAAGGAAUUGUUUAGCUUUGCUUCAUGUGGGAUGAGGUGCAAGAAAUAGUUUGUCUCUACAAAGAUUUCUCCACUGAAACUCCCAUUCACCCAAAACCGUGAUCUUUAUAGAGGUGCUAAUUACCUAGUUCUGGGCCUGAGCUUUGGUGAGGUCUCAUGGCCAAACUAAUCAUCUCCAGAUUGCCUUGCGGCUUCAUAGAAUGAAUGAGCACAGAAGGAAACCACUUGACCCAUUGCAUCUUUGCCAGCAUUUGGAAUUCGACCCAGUACUCUGCAAUCAUUUAUCCACUUCUCCUUGGAAAGUUGCUACUACUGUCCGCUAGAUCACAACAUCCUCACUGGAGAAGCAGAAUUAUUCCAUCUUCACCUUGCUGGUUAUUCUACUAGUUGCCUUCAAUCUGUGUCCUCUGGUCCUUAUCAAAGCCCUCCGUGUCUUUGACCACCUGUCGGCUCUCCUCUUCAAUCCUCCUCUACACUCCAUGGGAGGAUCCUAAUUAUUCCCCAACUAGUCCACAUUGACUGAAGGUCAUGAAACUUGGAUUAAUUUGGGGAAAACUCAGCCAAUUUACCUCUUUUGCACUGGGUGCACGUGUUUUUUUUUUAAUGCAAUCAUAAGUUCAUAAUUCUAGCAGUAGAAUUAGGCCAUUCGGCCCAUCAAGUCUACUCCACCAUUCAAUCAUGGCUAAUCUAUCUUUCCCUCUCAACCCCAUUCUCCUGCCUUCUCCCCAUAACCCCUGACACCCGCACUAAUCAAGAAUCUGUCAAUCUCCGCCUUAAAAAUAUCCAUUGUCUUGGCCUCCACAGAUUCACCACCCUCUGACUAAAGAAAUUAUUUGACUCGUCUCCUUUGUAAAGGUAUGUCCCUUUAUUCUGAGGCUGUGUCCUCUGGCCCUGGACACUCCAUCUAGCGGAAGCAUCCUCUCCACAUCCACUCUAUCUAGGCCUAAAGUGGGCAAUGUGGUGAAUGUUUCUAGUCUCUGCUCUUCAUUGCCACCUGGCCAAUUACAGUGGUGAGUUUUGUCGGAAGGGUUUGCAGGACUGGGAGUAGCGGUGGAGCCAGAGUCCAGUCAGCUGUAGAGUAACCACGAUGGAGGCAAAGUGAAGGGUCAAGUUGUGCCCCAGGCCUCCCAGUGAGUUGCAGCGCUGUGCAGAGCCUUCUCCUGAUGGCGACUGGUCUUUCAGAGGAGCGGCGUAAAUGGAUAUUAAAAAGUGGGCACUGAGCAGGUGGUUUGUGCUUCAGGCUGCACCUUUGGAAAGUUGGCCGAUAUCUGAGCUUCAGUCUGUGGCGCAAACUAGAACUAUCGGUGCAGUGUCUUUGAUCCUUGCCCUUUUCUCACAGCUCCUCCUCACCACCCCUUGCCCCUCCCGCACCCCAACUCCCUUUGGGCUCGAUGGUUGAGUCUGGCAUCUCCUACCUCCCAGUGCUGGGGGUCUGAUAUUGUUACAGCAGGCAGCACUGCAGUGGCAGGACAGCUGCGGAGGGGAGGGGAGGGGGUGGCUGGGAUCCUGGGAACACUGCGCAGUCUGCCGCUGUUUGUUUCUUAUAAGUGCUGUCUUAGCAAAUAGCCUUUGUAUGAUGAAUACUGCUUUGAUUUAUGAGGUGUUGUAAAUGUUCUUUGGUAUAUUAUAUAGAAAAAUAAAGAUUGGCAGCGGAG